AGAACUUGAAUUGAAUAAAAAAAUGAAUAGAAAACAAAUUCAAACCGUUGACAAACAAAAAAUUAAACCAAAACUUCUGCAAUUUCUUUUCCUACAAUGUUGGUGGUUCUCCAUGUUCGUUUCUUCAUUCAACUGAAUCAUUUGGCUGAAGCUGAGCGCAUUGUUCGUUUGGACACAAAAAACAUCACUCAUUCGAAUGGAUCAGUUGAAUGAUUUUCGAAAAUUAGGUUGGAUGGAGAUGGUUCAGUUGAAUGAACCGAAACGAAGCAGUUAGUUGGAGAUGAUUCAGUCGAAAUAUCCAAAUGUCGAUUUUGCCCUUGAAAAAACUCAAAUAUUACAAACCUAAUUUCAUUUUUUUUAUCCGUCGUAGCUUUCUCUCUGCGACAAACUCAAAUCUCAGUUUCUCUCUAGCCACCAUGAAAGGAGCUUGAAGCUCUCACCUCACCAUCGCUCUCUCUCUCUCUCUCUCUCUCUCUCUCUCUCUCUCCGUCUCUCUCUCUCUCUCUCUCCGUCUCUCUCUCUCUCGUCCUCUCUCUCUAGCCACCAUGAAAGGAGCUUGAAGCUCUCACCUCACCGUCGCUCUCUCUCUCUCUCUCUCGCCGUCUCUCUAUCUCUUGUCCUCUCUCUCUCGCCGUCUCUUUUUCGCCGUCUCUCUCGCCGUCUCUUUCUCGCCGUCUAUCUCGUCGUCUCGUCAUCUCUCUCACCGGUUUGAUCUUCUUCUUCGUAGAUCUACGCUUAUAUGUUUGAAUUCGUUUAUGGGUUUGCUUCUGUUUAUGUUAUGUAUUGAUUUUCCUUUUGAAAUUGUCAUGGGUUUAUGCUUGAGAAUGUGUUGAAAUACUGAUGGGUUUGCUUGGUUUGAUUACAUAAGUAUGCUUCAAGUUUCUUGUUAGCUUAGCUUAUCUCACUAGUAGCUUGUGAAAUCUCAUAGCUUGUGAAUUAUUUUAUGGUAUAUGUUCUGCUUGUAUUCAUAAAGCAACAUUGUGUUUUAUGCUCUAAUGAACUUGGUGGGUUUGCUGGAUAUUCAUGGGUUUGCUGUGAGGAGUGUUCGUUAGGAUUUAUAAACAUAUAUUUAGCUCUUGUUUCAUAGGAUUUAUAAACAUAUCUUUAGCUCUCGUUUGGUCAUGUGUUUUUGAUAAACAUAUCUUUACGUAUGUGUCUUAGAAUGUUGUGUGCCUUAUGGGUCUCUUGAGUUUAAUGGUCGAUCUUCAGUUCAAUUCUUAGUUCAUAUUAUGUGUGGUUUUCAAUCACAGCAUCUCUUGUGUGUUUAUGUGCUCAAGAAACAUUGACAUUGAUGAGGAAACUCUUUAUCUGGCAGGUUGUUUCUUGCAGUUUACUUGGAUUGCAAUGACAUCUGUCCCUAGUACUGAUGUGAGUAUAUUUUAAAUAUUUGUAUGCUUGUUGAAUGCUUCUCUUAGUUUAGUUUAGUCUCUGGUAUUGAAUAUUUGAAUGGUUCUCUUAGUUUAGUUUAGUCUCUGGCAUUGAAUAUUUGAAUGGUUCUCUUAGUUUAGUUUAGUCUCUGGUAUUGAAUAUUUGAAUGUUAGUCCCUGGCAUGGACUGAUGAGCAAACCCGGUUCUACCUCAAACUGAGAGUUGAGGAGAAGCUGAAAGGAAAUGAAAGAAAAGGAAAUCUUAAUGAAGUUGGGAGACAGUCCAUUAUCGACAAGUUUUAUGAAGCUUAUGGGGAAAGACACGUUUGGAGAAAAUUUGGGAUCAAGCACACUACUUGCAAAACUCAGUAUGCAAGGUUCAAACGGUUGAUCAACAAGAGGACCGGACUUGGCUAUGAUGCAAAUGGGUACGUAGACAUGUUUGAUGACUGGUGGGAUCAACUUUUUAAGGAAUUCCCAUCAGCUAGAAAGCUUAAAGAGAAUCCACUAGCAAAUGUUGACUUGUUGGAGAAUGUGUUUGGAGCGGUUCAUGUAAGUGGAGGUGAAGGAUGGACUGCUCAGCAAGGCGAAGACUCUUUGGAUAAGCAAGGCGACAAUAAUGAUGGUGAUGCUGAAGACACUGAUGUGGAUCAAGUUCCUCCUACUCAAGAUAUCAGUGCUCCAGCUGAAUCAAGAACUGUUGGCCCUUCAUCCAGUAGAACAAAAGCUAACAGGAAGAGAUCAAGGGCUGCUCAAGUAGGACAGGCUGUAGUAGAUUGUCUUUCUGACAAGAACAAGAUGAUAGGGAACCACCCUGAGUUCAGUUGCAACCAGCUUACAGCUAUGGAAGCUUUACACUCACUGUCUGCUAUCAGGCACUGGUCUCCUUUGUACAAGGCAGCCAUCGAUCAUCUCAAGCAUGACCCUACCAAUCGUCAGACCUUCUUGUUCUAUAAAGAUGAUGAGGACAAGGUUCUCUACUUGGAGUAUGCUACUGGUGAAAGUAGAGAUGCUUGAAGACUAUGUUAUGCUUGUGUUUCUGUUUGUGUUUUGUAUGAACUCUAGUGUUCUUUUGGUUUGUGUUUGUUAUCUUCAAAACUCUACUGUUCUUUUGGUUUGUGUUUGUUAUGAGAAUCAGCUUUUGGUUUGUGUUUGUUAUGUUCAAAACUCUACUGUUCUUUUGGUUUGUGUUUGUUAUGUUCAAAACUCUACUGUUCUGUUUGUGUUUUGUAUGAACUUUUGUUUGGAGUGCAAUGGUUCUCACCUUUGGUGAACCAUUUGGUUUUGAUAUUUCAGGUUUGGUGAAGUAGAGGAUACAGUUUGGUGAAGUAGAGGAAGUCGAGAUGGACAGUAACGUAAGUCUAAUAUCUGUUACUAAAUUCUAAUAUCUAAUAUCUGUGUAUAAACCUGUUACUAAAUUCUAAUAUCUGUUACUAAAUUCUUUGUGUAUUUGCAGAGCAUAUUAAGACUUUUAAUUGAGGAUGAUGAGUUAGAUUUGUUAUUUGAUGAGAAUCAGUACAUGUGUGCUCUUUUGGAGGAGAUGUGUGGAGCAACAGAAGCUGAUGCUGAUAGGCAAUUAGUCAGGACAAACCGAGGUGAAGGUUGGCGACGUGUGCAACGUUUUAUGAACGGGUCUGAGGUACAAUGCUAUGAGAUUCUACGCAUGAACCAUGAAACAUUUAAGAGUUUGUGUAAGGUGCUAUCAGAAAAGUAUGGGUUAAAGGAGACUCACAAUGUUUACGUUGAGGAGAGUGUUGCAAUGUUCUUAGAGACGGUCGGACAAGACGCAACUGUACGGGCUAUAUCAGAGCAUUAUCAGCAUUCAACUGACACUGUGAAAAAGAAGUUAGAACAUGUAUUAAGUUCUCUCUUGAAGCUUGGUGUUUGUUCAAAUCCUAUAGUUCUUAUUAAUAUGAACAGAACACCAACGUUAUUAUGGGAUUUGAUAAAGAGUGGCCUUGUUCUUAUUAAUAUGGUGUUUGUUGUUGUAGGCGCCUUGUUCUAGAA